CCCCCCGCCAUUUUCAUAGCUACAGAUCAUCAUGGAGAUUCAGUUCACAUACUCCAUCCUCUUCACUUUUUUGUGCUUCAUCUUUAUGAUACACAAGCUUUCAACUUCUAAGAAAUCCCUCAAAGCCCUACCCCCAGGACCAUGGAGACUACCUCUCAUAGGAAACCUUCAUCAGAUUGGAUCACUACCCCACCGAUCUCUUAGAGACCUUGCAACUAAGUUUGGACCCAUAAUGCACCUUCAACUGGGACAGAUGUCCCACUUUGUAGUCUCUUCACCAGAAGUGGCGAAAGAGGUUUUGAAAACCCACGACAUGAUCUUCGCCAACAGACCCAGAAUUUAUGCCGGCGAAAUCUUGGUUUAUAAUAGCACAGACAUAGCCCUCUCUCCUUAUGGAAACUAUUGGAGGCAGCUUCGAAAGAUUUGUACUUUAGAGCUUUUGUCUGCCAGGAGGGUCCAGACAUUUAGAAGAAUAAGGGAAGAGGCAAUUUCUACGUUAGUGAAGGAUAUUUCUAAACAUGUCGGUUCUGUCAUGAAUCUCUCCCAGAAACUCUACCCACUCACGAGUUCCAUAAUUGCUCAAGCAGCCUUUGGUCGAAAGACCGAAAACAUAGAAGAUUUUACGCCGACUAUAAUGUAUAUGAUAGAGCUUGCAGGUGGCUUUUCAAUCUAUGAUCUCUAUCCUUCGUUGGAAUUCCUUCGUGCGCUUAGUGGGAUGAAAGCUAAAGUCGAAAAAGCUCGUCAAGAUAUUGAUAGGAUGCUUAGCAAUAUCAUCAGCGACCACUUGGAAAAGAAGGAAGGCAAUAUGGGAGAAGCAGAGGAGGAUCUCGUUGAUGUUCUUCUCAGGAUUCAGGAGGAGAAUGACCUUGAAAUCCCCUUGACUCUCGACAACAUCAAAGCUGUCAUCCUGGACAUGUUUCUUGGUGGAACUGAAACAGCAGCAACAACAACAGAGUGGGCAAUGGCAGAAAUGGCAAAACACCCAGAGGUAAUGAAGAAGGCACGAGAAGAAGUAAGAAGAGUCUAUGGAAAAAAAGGAUACGUGGAUGAAUCAGAACUUCAUCAGUUGAAAUAUGUAACUGCAGUCAUUCUUGAAACUUUAAGGUUACACCCACCUCUCGUUUUGUUACUCCCAAGGGAGAACAGCGAGAUAUGUCAAAUCAACGGCUAUGAGGUACCUCCCAAGACAAAGGUUAUCAUCAAUAGUUGGGCCAUUGGAAGGCAUCCUGAGCAUUGGAAUGAAGCUGAGAAGUUUCGACCUGAGAGGUUUAUUGACAACUCAAUCGAUUUCAAAGGAACCAACUUUGAGUUUAUUCCAUUUGGCGCAGGAAGGAGGAUUUGUCCUGGCAUAUCGUUUGCUUUCCCAAUUUUAGAACUGAUGGCUGCAAAUCUGCUUUAUCAUUUUGAUUGGAAGCUUCCUGAUGAGCAAAAUCAUGAAGAGUUGGACAUGACUGAGCACUUUGGUGCUGUAGUAAGAAGGAAGAAUGACCUGUGUCUAGUUCCCAUUGCAUGUCACCCUUAGCUUUAUUAUCCAAGUUGAAUAAUAUAAUCACUCAGCACUCACGUGCACUCCUUGUUACACACACUUUCAAUUACCACUCCAGCAGUAAAAUAAACAACUGUUUUUAUAAUGUGACCAUUAUAUUAUAUUAAGGUGA